CCUCCGCAGCAGCAGCAGCAGCAGCAGCAGCAGCAGCAGCAGCAGCAGCAGCAGCAGCAGCAGCAGCGUGUGUGUGCGCAGGCGUGUACGCCCUCGCGCUGCACCCGAGCGUGGACGUGCUGUGUUCGGGCGGCCGCGACGCCGCAGUGCGCGUGUGGGAUUUACGCACAAAAAAAAACGUCUUCGUCUUAGCCGGCCACGGGGGCACUGUGAUGGCGCUGCGGGCGCAGGCGCUGCGGCCGCACUUGAUUUCUGCUUCGCAGGACAAAACCGUGCGUUUGUGGGAUCUUGCUGCGGGCAAAUGCGAGGCCACUUUGACAAACCACAAAAAGAGUGUCAGGGCAGUCGCGCUGCACCCCACAGAGUACUCCUUCGCCACCUGCGGCGCAGACAAAGUCAAGGCCUGGCGGUGCCCUCUGGGGGCCUUUGAGCGGAACAUCGAUGGCCUCAACUCCAUUCCCAACUGCUGCGCCUUCCGCGACGAGGGCGACAGGUCGUCUUUGGUAGUCGGCAGCAACAACGGGCAGCUGCAUUUCUGGGACUGGCGCUCGGGCUACAAGUACCAGACGCUGCAGUCGCGAGUGCAGCCGGGCUCUUUGGAAAGUGAAAACGGAAUUUUCUGCUGCGCCUUCGACAAGUCCGAGACGAGACUCAUUACUGGGGAGUGCGACAAAACCAUCAAGGUGCGCCAAUUCGCAGCAGCAGCAGCAGCAGCAGCAGCAGCAGCAGCAGUGGCGGCGGCGGAGCGAGAGCAGCAGCAGCAGCAGCGGCAGCAGCAGCAGCAGCAGUAG